UUGAAGUACUGGAGAUAAUCGCAAACGCAACAUAACCAUGUGACAGACCUACCAUUGAGUCAGAGUUGCUUGGAGAGAAGAGAAGGGGCGCGAGCAAUAUGGGAGGGUGAUUCUCGAACAUCUUCAGCUAGCAGUUCUCAUGAUGAUGGUCGGAAAAGUAGGGGCAAUACGGUUGCGACCUUUUCGUUUUUUAAACUAGCGCUAGCUACGUCUAGCCUUUUCUACAAGAGGCAGUUCUGAAAAAGGGACGAUAAGGUGAUGUGCUGCAUGGUGCCAUGUGAAUGACAGAACCACAAUGAAGUCGUCACACAAACUGCUGUUCGUCCUAUGCCCCAUGCUGGUCCUGGGCUUCAUCUACUACUCCUCUGGGAAGCUACACCUGCACGUAUGGGGCCAGAAGCCACAGAUUGAUUCGGAGUCCACUCUCAUAGUCCCGACUAAAGGUCAAAGCACCACAGAGUUGGAAGCGGACGUUGCUCUCACCGUGGGACAAAUAGUAGGCUCAGUGUAUGAUAAGCAGGGCUUUCUGCUGAAGCUGGACGGAAAGUUGUCAGCAGAAUUGGCGUACAAGUAUGGCAACCUCAGCGAAGGAGUGUGCAAGCCAGGCUACGCAGCUGCCAAGAUGACUGCCAUCUAUCCAAAGUUCAUGAAGCCAGCUCCCAUGUUUCUCGACCGGAACUUCAAGCGUCUGGCCAAAGUCAGCAGUUACUUACCUCCAUUUGGAUUCAAAACACAAGAAACAAUCAUAGACAUUAUUCUAACUGCCACAAAGAACUAUGGGCUGGGUCAAGACGUUGACGGUUUAAUUUGUAAAAGAUGCAUUAUCGUGGGCAACGGUGGUAUCCUGGCUAACAAGUCUCUUGGCUCCCGAAUCGAUGAUUACGACAUUGUGGUGAGGUUGAACGAGGCUCCGGUGACUGGUUUCGGCAAGGACGUGGGCACCAAGACCACCAUGCGCAUCACCUACCCCGAGGGGGCCAUCCAGAAGCCUGAGCGAUACGAGAAGGACUCGCUCUUCGUCUUCUCUGCCUUCAAACCGCUGGACUUCAAGUGGCUCAGACAGAUGGUCUUCAGAGAGAAGCUGCGUGGUACGGAGGGCUUCUGGAAGUCAGUGGCCCGUUACGUCCCGAAGGAGCCCACAGAGAUGCGCAUCCUCAACCCCUACUUCAUCCAGGAGGCUGCCUUCCAGUUCAUCGGCCUGCCACUCAACAAUGGUCUCAUGGGGAAAGGGAACAUUCCAACCCUGGGUACGGUCGCCAUAACGAUGGCCCUGCAUAACUGUGACGAGGUGGCGGUGGCCGGCUUCGGCUACGACAUGAACACACCCCACGCGCCCUUGCACUACUACGAGACGGUCAAGAUGUCCGCCAUCAAAGAGUCCUGGACACACAACAUAUCCAAGGAGAAGGAGUUCCUCCGCAAGCUGGUGAAGGCCAACGUCAUCACGGACCUGACCAACGGCAUUUGAGUCUAACUGUCCCAGAGCUUUGCCUUUUUCCAAAAGAACCACAUGACAGAGGAUUCUGGGAAUGAACCUGGAUGGAUGGAUGGAUGGGUGGGGGGUGGGUAGACCCUGGUGGUCUGCAUACUGCCUAAGUUUUUAUAAAGAGAAGAUUUAAAUGGACGGCUCAGUGGAGAGACGCACAUACGUGCCUUCUGACCCAGAGGCUCCUGUGUCAGGAGAGACAUAGGCCUGGAUCGGACGUCUUCAGGACAGUCAACGGACGACCCGACAACCGGGUUUACCGUUUCAAUACCCCUAAAAAUCACGAACGGAAAAGUGGUAUGGAAGAGGAUGAUGAUGAUGAUGAUGAGAUGGAAGGCCCGACGGACAGCUGUAGAGUCGGAUAAUCUGCAAAAGAGAGGGUCAGAUGGUUACAGCAGUGCCAAACGUACGUACCUCGUUACAAAGGGGGGAGCAGAUGCCCUCUCCCUGUACUGCCUGAAUGUAUUCACAAAACAAUGUAAAUAUCAAAGAUUAUUACCGUGCUUUUUAACAAGCUGCAGCAACCCCCCAUCCGGGCAUUGGCGAGCCUCCCUCCAUCCGGGCAUCAGCAUACAGUACAUAUCCCACCUUAGACCCACACAAGGCCUUUUUUAAAACAUCUUUGUCUCUCCCCCUUAUCGCUUCCAUAUCAGCAGGCCUUUUUGAGGCCCUUUAUUUUGAGAUUCUCAUUACAGAUGUUAAUAUCCAGAAAGACAAGAGGCCUGGAUUAUUUUAUUUAGGUUUAAUUUAUUUAUAAAUAGGCUGAGAAUUGGUGCAUUAUCCUUUCCUUGUUCCAGUUCGCCACGAUGUGCUUCCUCAAUGACUCACUGAGGUGUCAUUAGUUGUUGAGUGGAUAUCCCUCAAACCUGGGCUGAGACCCUAGUAUUUCCAGUAUGGCUUUAAUAUAAGCCCAAGUCCAAGUCAGUAUGAUCAUUUUUGGCCCCACAUGUACAAUCUUUCAGUCAGAUUUUUGUGUUGUAUUAUGAAAUGUUUUUUUUAUGUUUUCCUUUGUGUGCUCUAAUGAACAUGCCCAAGUAUCACAAGAUGAAGCCCCAACAGACCAGUAUUACAAAGAUAGAGAGAGAGAACCACUGGUCUGGGAAUAGUGUUCCUGUACACACCCAAGUGUUACAGAAUAAUUUGCCACUUGUCCAGUAUUCAUGGAGGUGCAUACUUACUGUACACCUGUAUCCACUUAUCUUCCUGACCAUUAGUAAGGUAUAUCAGGGUUGUGUUAAUUUGGCGAGAAAUAUAAGAAAACAUACGAAAACGUUGAGACUGACUGGACUUCAAAUGCUAAUUUGUGUUCUAUUGCAAAAGGUUUUAAAUAGUUUUAUUUUGUGUGCUGUAAUGAACACUAACUUGUUUCAGAGAGGUGUCACUGAUCUGUCUUGCUGUGCUCCCUCAACAAAACUUUCUCACUUCUGUUCACGAUGGGAAAAUAAAACAAUAUGGAGGAAUCUUAACCUAGCCUACCAUAUUGGUGUUACAAUACCUAUCCAGGCCCUUCAAAUUAGUUAGGGGAAAGUAGGCUUCUUUUACACAGGCAGCCCAAUUCUGAUAUUUGUUCCACUAAUCUGUCUUGUGAAAAGAUUUGAUUGGUCAAUAGACAAAUUAGUGGAAAAAGAUCACAAUUGGGCUGCCUGCGUAAAUGCAGCCUUUGAUCCCUUCCCUCCAACCUAGAUAACAAUCUUUCAGAAAUGGAACCCUGCAUAGGACUUUCACUGCUAGGGUACUAAGAACAGCUUACCAAUGCACUACCCACCUGGCGAGGCCCACUCAGGCUGCGUUUACAGGGUUGGAGUCAAUUCCAUAUCAAAUAUAGACAGGUUAAAUAGUCAGUCAUUUUCAAUGAGGAUUUUUUUCAUUAAUAAAACAUAAAUGUGUGUCCUGGAUUGGGCAGGAAUUGAAACAGAAUUGACCCCAGCCUGGUCUGUAGGUAGAAUGUCAUUAUUAGAUCUGGAGAUGACAAUGACAUCAUACAGGAAACCUCACCAUAUCAUCCAACAAGAGCGGUCAAAAUCAGUCAUCACCUUGCCCUAACACAAUCAAUCACUGGCAAGGUCGGUACAGAUCAAAUCACAAGUGUUACUGUUUCUUUUUAUAUAUUAUAUGAAAUCGAGACUUUGUCAUAUCUGCAACUUGUUAAUAAAUACGUUGACCCUUUUGUCGCUUUGUAAGGUGA